GGAAAUGUUUAUAUAGCAGUUAGGGACAGCGACUGCGCCCGUCAGUAGUGGAGGGUCAGGCUGCAUGGUCAUCCCCAGGCUUCUUCCAUACACUGACUCACUGAUCAACUUCACCACUGACAGAUAAAACAUCAAGAUGCUGCGUUCCUUGUAUGCAUAUAAAGGGACCCAUGCCCGCACCCUGGGAUUCCAAGUUGGAGAGAAGUUUCUUGAAAUUGGGCCAUCAAGAGACCCAAAUUGGAUGCAUGUGAUUAGUGAGCGAGGAGCAGUGGGCUAUGUUCCCAAGAACUAUAUGGGUGAUGAAGAGGCUCCUGCUAUUGAUUUGUUGGAGUUCAUUGAUGGAUGUAUUGAAGCCACACAUUUGAAUGCAAGUGAACGUGGUGGGAAUUACACCAAGAGUGAACAUGAUGCUCUUCAUAAGUUAGUAGAACUACGGCAACACUGGUAUGCCAAGUGCCCACCAUCAAUACAUCCUAACAAACGGCCUGCUCCACCUCCUCCACAACGUACAACAUCGCAGCUAAGUGUUGACAGUCUUUCAAGCCAAACCAGUAUCAGUAGCCUUCCAUCACCCAGCCUUCCAGGAACACCACGAUUACCCUCACUUUCAGCAAGUGUGUCUUCAGCUAGUUUAGGUCUCUCGGUCAAGGAUGAAUCGCAGACUGAGAAUGUUGUAGAAACCACAACCAGUUUCAUGAGUCGAGGAGAAUCAUUAGCUCGUGAUGAGAGCAGUGGCAGCAGUGAGGGUCACGACACCAGUAUUGGCUAUGAAUCAGAAAUGAGAAGUGAUGUGGACUCAGGGGUUCAGGCCAGUGUUAAAUUGCUGCUGUCACAAGUACCAGAUGAUUACCUUCGAACUUUGGUAGAGGAGGUGCGAAGCAGUACCAGCAUCAGUUAUACAACCAGUCAUCAGGGACAUUCCUAUGAAGAUCGCAUAAUGAUGGGUGAGCCUGCAGCUGUGAAGCACUCACCACUUGGCUUAUUGACCAGCACUAGGGUUGUAGAAGUUGUCCUCAACUCUCUUGGUACUGCUUUACCAGUACUCCAACCUCUUUGCUCUCACAUUCUGUUCAGUAAAGGAGAUGUUAAGGAUGGAGAAGGUGACAAGUGGCAACAGAGCUCAGAUGGGCGUCACUUGGUUGAACUGCUAGAGAAACUACGAGAGUGUAAGGAUGAUGAGCAACAGCGCUCCUGGGCACUGCAUGAAGACGAACACACCAUCUCCACUCACCUGUCUGAUCUCUUGGAUCUACUUAAUAAUGGUGAUUUAAUAGUAUGCCGCAGUGUGUUGUCUCUGGAUGAUUUUCGUCCCCUGUUGACACUAGUGCAGUAUUACCAAAUGGAGACACGCUGGCCAUUACGGAAACUUCUGUUACAGGUGUUUGGUGCUGUUUGCCAGAUGUCAGCAGCAAAUAUAUCUUAUCUCUCAGCCUCAGUGUUUCCAGUUGAACUUGCAAGAGAGAUGCUUGACCCUACAUGCAGUGAGGAACGGUUGCAGUACACGUCAUUGGUACUGGGGAUGGUCAUGUGCAUGGGUGACACAAUACCUUAUCCACAUUUCUGUGUAAUGAAUGAUAAGUUUAUUGGCAUGUUACUGGAUGGAAUAGAGAAUUUCAACGAAGACCCUGACACGGAGCAGCUGGCUGAGCUGUACUUAACUCUAGUUUUAGCCUUCAACUUACAAUAUGCUACUCUAUUGCCAACUGCCCAUUCUCAGCAAAAACCAUCUGAUACUUCUGUGGAUGCAAGUCAAGUUGUUGAAACUAAUCAUGUUGGUGCAGUAGACAGCAGUGCAACAGAUAAGAUGGACAAUGUUAGUACAAGUGGAGCAGACAUGGAAAAUGUGGUUAUCAAACUUUUAUCACAAAGAAAAAGUACUAAAUAUUUUACAGAAAAGCUUUUACUUCUAUUUAAUCGAGAAGAUGAUCCACUUGCCAUGUUUGAUCAUGAGCCACGUCCCCCAAACUCUGUGCUGAAGAUGAUGCGGGACAUGUACUCCACUCAAGCCACUGCUUCUAUCUUUUACACAAAUGAUGAAAGAGUUGCGUGUGAUAUAAUAAUUCGUCAACUGACAGACCUUCCAGCAGAUGACACGGAAAUAUCAUCUUUAAACCGUGCCAAAAAAGUAACUGAAAAUCCCACAGGGAUAUCAUUGCCUAGAGUUCUUCACAUGAUGAACUAUCAUAUAAUCACCCAGAUAGUAGAACUUGCCCCCACCAUCAGUACCCUGGAUGGCAGAACGGGUACCCAGUAUCACAAUACUCCAGGUGGUAGCACUGCUACUACCAUCAAUACUCCAGAUGGUAGCACCUCUUCCGCCAUCGAUGCUCAAGACGUCUUUAUUGCUACCACCAUCAAUACUCCAGAUGGUAGCACUGCUACCACCAUCAACACUCCAGAUAGUAGCACCUCUACCACCAUCAAUACUCCAGAUGGUAGCACUGCUACUACUCUCUAUACUUCAGACAGCAACAAUGCUUCACCCACCAAUAGUCCAGAACACAUAAUUGUUCUUACUAUCACUAAUACAGAUGGAAGCAUUGCUUCUAUCAUUACUAUACCUAUACCCAACACCUCCCACCAGCAGGAAUGCACAACCAUUUACCCCAAGCAACACCUGGCAUACGAGGGCAUACAUGGGAAUGCCUUUAAUAAUGCCAAUAUAACCACAACCAUCUACCUCAAGCAGCACCUGGCAUACGAGGGCAUACAUGGAAAUGCCUUUAAUAAUGCCAAUAUAACCACAACCAUCUACCUCAAGCAGCAUCUGGCAUACGAGGGCAUACACGGUGAUGCCCUUAAUCAUGUUACGUGA